CGAUGCCCGCAAUCCUCGACACAAUUGCAAACACAACUAUUCCAAAAUGGCUGGCGACAAGAUUGUUGACGGUUCACAAAACUGUAACAGCGAAAGAAUAAACGAAAGCGGUGACUUGAAUCUCAAUUUGAAUUUGGAGGACGAGCUUGUCGAAUCAAUCGAAUAUAUACCUUGUCCCGAAUUUCAAUUUUCGGCAACAGCAUGUUAUAUUUGUAACGGGUAUUACGGACCUUGUUUUGAGGAACCAGUUUGCGCAACCUGUCAUGCAUUUUUAUUCCCAAAUGAUAUUGAUCUACUACAAGUUCCAAUUUUUAGUGAGAAAACAGAUGAUGAAGAUUCGGGAAAUGACGAACCAACUGAUCUUUACUACAAUCAUGAAAGAAGAACUAGUCAACAACAACAAAAUUCUCCACAGAGUGUCAAUCCUAAUAUCCCAAACGUACAACAAAAUGCAUCUAAUCAUAACAUGAAUGUUUCUCGCAGAUCUUGUGCACAACAUCAAAAUGCAAUGCCUCAAUGCAAUUAUCAUGUACUGCAAAAUAAUUCAAAUAGCAAUUCUGCUGACAAAUGUAUGGUAGCAUUUACACAGAACGCGUCAGUCUCGCGUGAUGUGAAUCUCGAUCUGCAGAAUAUGAUCUGUCGAACCAGAAGUGGCUGUCAUCAGAAUUGCGUCAACGGAAAUGAUCGACACGUUCAGGAUAUGAUGGAGGAAGAUCUGCGAUCAGAUACAUUUGCAACAAGCAAUGACGGCCAAAACAAUGAACAUAGAGACAAUAUUGCACCACAGUAUCAUUGGAACUAUAGAGUGUACGAGGAUGUGGGCGAGCCGUCACGGCCAUAUAAUUUAUCGGCGAGACUAGAGAUAUUGUCGAAUCACAAGCAUAUCGAGCACGAACCUAUUAACGAACCGGGUUUAGUAGAAAGAUUGCCGCCAGAAGUGUUGCUCGCCAUCUUCUCACAUCUCGACGACAUCAGUCUGUGGUCAGCAGCGAAUGUCUGUCGGCGAUGGUGUGGUCUGCUGUCGACGCAUGUAACACAAUUGCAAUGGAAACAGCACGUGAAACUACGCUGGCCCCUUUACAAACCUAUAGGUUGUGUCAAGAACUGGUACAAGGUGUAUGAUUAUCUAGCCUCUUCAGCGCCAUGUCGAACUUGCUUGGCGCAGACCUCUCUGCGAUCUAGACCUUCCAGAAUGGAGGAGAACUCUUGGCGAAGGAAUAGACUACGCAGUGAACUCAAGAGUUUAAGAAUUGAUCCACCUGAAGGAAUUGAAGCAAUGCCACUCGAUCAUAUGUGUUGCCAUUGGCAGGCCACAAUCACGGGACCAGUGGGAAGCCCAUAUGAGGGAGGAUUAUUUUAUCUAUAUCUACAAGUACCCUUCAGUUAUCCCAUGUGCCCGCCUGUAGUCAGGUUUCUGACAAAAAUACUUCACCCAAACGUCUCUAGACAUGGAGAUGUUGGCAUAGACUCAAUACAUCAUAAUUGGUCAUUGGCUCUCACAAUAUCUAAAGUCCUUAUCAGUGUACAAAGUUUGCUUACAGAUCCAUAUUGUCAAGUAUGUAUGGAACCAGAAUUAGGAGAGAUGUAUAUGAAUGACCGUGAGAAAUUCGAGGAAGUCGCUAGGGCAUGGACAUGGAGGUAUGCAAUGCACGAUGUUGUGAUGCCGCUUUAGUGCACUGAAAUGUAUAAAUCUGAAUUAAUUCGUGUAAUUAAUACAUAAAUUACUUAGAUGUUAAUUAUCAUACAUAGAUACUUAUCUACAAACUAUUUAAUAAAUUGAUAAUAGUAUGUGAUAUAAUUGUGCUAAGGUCUAUGAAAAAUGUGAAUGUAUAUUUAUAGGAAUUAUUUACUAAUCACUAUUGUACACUAGUGAAUCGAUCAUUUUGUAUCCCAAAGUUCAUUAUAAAAUAUAUAUAUCAACAUUUUU